CCCUAACAGCGGCUUUGCUUCGCUGCUCGCAACGAAACUAGAUACAGCAGUAAUUUGCCGUUAGUGGAAUUUUUCGGCGCUUCCAAGGUGGAAGAACAUCAGUGUAACAACUUUAAAGCGGCUGUAAAAAGAAAAUUAGUUAUUCACAAAGCAAAUACAAAUGGAAAUAUAAAUAUUCAGUAGUGUAUUAAGACUUUUUAGUAAUACUGUGCAACUAAAAGGCGCUUCCCAAAAUGAUGUACCCAUGCAUGCGUAUGACGCGUGCACUACGCAAUUUGUACCAUUGUGUUUUAUUGUUUCUUCUUGUCAUACCCAUUGGGAUCGGUGUGUUCACUCUAUUUUGCGGAAGUUACGUAGCACAUAGUGUAAUACCCACCAUCUGCGAGUCUUACAGUCAAAAUCACACCAACGGCCCAUUGUGCGAAGAGUUCUGCACCAAACCGUCGGUCUUUAGCGAUUUCCACUGCAUUCGCGGGAUUCCAUACGCAUUUACCGCCGAAAAAAAUGGGAACGUUUACGAUUUCCAAUUGGUGGCGGAAUCGCUUGACGAUCUGACAUGGCGCGAUAAGAACGGCGUUAAUGUUUAUCCAAAAUCUGCGGACUUGUAUCACAUGGUCAAAAUGCAUCUAUUGGUUAAUUAUAAUGUGACGCUGGAAGAUAAUGUGCUGAAACGCUUAAUCAACAACGAAGUCGAUGAAAAUGAACCGACUCAAAUAAAAGAUUUCUGGAACCUUUUCAAUGACAAUGACUAUGUGAUGACUAAGCUAUUCGAAGAUGAAGCAAUACUUCCAACAAUGCUGGGCACUUGCGGAAGCAUGUUUGUAACGGAGCAUUUGCACACUCCAUUUGAGAUAAGAAAUGGUUUAACACAUAAACAUCUGAACUUUCAAACCAUGUACGAAUAUGUAUUGCGUUUGGACAUGCUCAACCCGGAUCCGGUGAAAAUCUGCAAAAUGCGGUUGGAUUAUUUUGGCUUAUCGGCAGACCAUAGAGUCAAAGUUCGGAACGCGCGCUACAUUAUGUUGGAGAGUCAACUGCUUAAGGAGCUGGCGAGCGGCAAAUCUUGUUGGUACGACACCGAUUGCCACUGGUUUGACUGUAUUGGUAGCUGUGUGAAAAAUAAGUGCAUGAACCCGCCAAGACAGAAUAAUGUACAACAGUUAUGUCAAUAUGUGCAUAUGAAUCCAGAACAAUUUCGCUAUUUUCGGGCACAAGACGAAAUGCGUAUACUCUAUGAGUAUGUGUGCAAGCGAAAGUACCGGCAGAACUAUUGGUAGACAGGCAUAUGAAUAAACUGAGCUACAUACUCACAUGCUGAGCUACAUAUACACUGAUAUACGUACAUGACUUACUGACACACAUCUUUACUAACUCAGGUACAUUCCGAUACACUAAAAUACAUACAUGACACACUGACAUACAUACAUACAUAUGUAUAUGUAUAACUGACAUAUAGUGACCGAGCGCUGUUGAUUGGAGACAAUUCCUGGUGCAGGCAGAAUUUUCGAGCUGACCGGUUUUCUGCAGCAAAUUUAUGUGGACUUUAUACAUACAGACAUGAUAUACUAUUACAUACUGACAUACGUCUAUAUACAUACAUACAUACACAUUUAGGACAGCGUUGCUCUUCUUUAUAAGUAUUCCAGAUUUACAAAAAAAAUAAAGCACUCAUUGCCAAAUAUAACUGUAAAUACAUGCUCAUGUAUACAUACAAACGUACAAAUCAUAUAUGCCAUUCGUUUUGAAAAGCUCCAAAAUCGCCAAUAUCACUUUAUUUACAAAAAUGAAAAAAAACUUUACAUUGAAAAUAAAUAAUCUUGGUAUAAGCAACAAAAAGAAA